AUGACUCUCAAGCUGCUGUACACCCUCAUCUCUUUCCUGACCCUGGCGCUGGCGGCGUCGGUGGCCCAAACCGACUAUGAAGUCAUGGUUAUCGGCGGCGGUCCGUCUGGACUGAGCGCCCUAAGUGGACUGUCGCGCGUCAAACGCAAGACGGUGCUCUUUGACUCGGGCGAAUACCGCAAUCUCCCAACCAGGAAGAUGCACGACGUGAUUGGCAACGACGGGACCGUCCCGAGCGAGUUCCGCAGCCUGGUUCGCGAACAGAUUUCGAAAUACGGCACGGCCACGUUCGUCGACAAGAAGAUCACUGCCAUCUCCCCCGUCAUCGACUCCUCUGCUAACACCACCUACUUCAAUGCCACCGACGCCGACGGCGAAGUCUACUCGGCCCGCAAGCUCGUCCUGGCCACCGGUCUGGUCGACAUCAUACCCGAUACCCCGGGGCUCCAGGAAGCCUGGGGUAAGGGCGUGUACUGGUGUCCGUGGUGCGACGGAUACGAACACCGCGACCAACCAUUCGGCGUCCUCGGCCCACUAGCAGAGGUCGUCGCCAGCGCGCUGGAGGUCUACACGUUGAACCAGGACAUCAUUGCCUUCUUGAAUGGCACACACACUCCCGAGGCGGAGGCCGAACUGGCUGCGAAAUACCCGGACUGGAAGAAACGGCUGGAGAUGUACAACGUCCAACUGGAGAACGCAACCAUUUCCUCCUUCGAACGGAUCCAGGACGGCGAAGACAAUCACGACGACGAAGGUCGCGAGUUCGAUAUUUUCCGUGUGCAUUUCACCAAUGGCUCCUCCGUUGACCGGAACGCCUUCAUUACCAAUUAUCCGACCGCGCAGCGCUCCUCCAUCCCGUCCAGUCUGGGUCUUGCUAUGAAGGGCAAGAGUAUCGAUUCCAACUCGGCUAUGCGCACCAGCAUGUCUGGCGUCUUCGCCGUAGGGGACUGCAAUGGUGAUGGUAGCACUAACGUGCCUCAUGCCAUGUUCAGCGGCAAGAGAGCCGCUGUCAAUGCUCAUGUGGAAAUGGCCAAUGAGGACUCCACUGCUUCUAUCUCGAAACGCACACUGUCCAGACGCGCCAUGGAGAAGGAGGCCGAGAGGCUGAUGGGAUCGGAAUUGGAGAUGCUCUGGCACCGCGCUCGUGGACGGUGA